GACUUUAUCAAUCGUGUAUGGACCAUACUAGAUCAGGUUUUCGACGAUAUAAGGGUUGAAACAAGAAGUAUCAGCCACCUUCAUUGAUAACGAAGAUCGCGCAGUAACUGGAAUGGCCGCCAUUGCAGCCAAGGUGUCUUCUAUCAGACCUGAUCUUGUGUUAUUUCAAAAUGGAGUCGAGUAUGGAGUCGCAGAGUGUGGGAAAGGAGACGAUGAAGAGGUUGGGAAGAAAGAGAUCGUGGAGACUAGUCUGCAUUGUCCAAAAAUCAUGAAAAGCAUGUUUCUGCAUGCAGCGUCAAAAUGUGACAACGACGAGGGUGUGACUCGAGCAUUACAAAUAGUUGGAUUUUGUCAUUUUGAUCUUCGCAUGAAAGUUUUAGUAAUGGACAACGCUAAUGGCUACGUCUGCAGAAUCCGAUCAACACCACAAUACGAAAUAUCAACCAUUCCUUCACAAAUGUCAUCUGGUCUACUUCCUAUAUUAAAACUAACUCUUAGAUCCAAGUUGACCAUCCAAUCGUCUAUCAAGGUUGUCAAUGAUUAUUCUACACGUGAAGAAGAUAAUGAACCCGAUUUUCAAGCCAGUAUGGAUCAAAACAAGACACGUUUAGUACUCCCGCGACUUCAGAAAUCACCCAUUAAAAAACCAAAGAAAUCAGUCUAAAAAGCAUACAAGUAAUCAUCCAACGAAUCUUCUAGCACAUAUGUACCAAGUACCAUCAUCACCAACAUAACAACAGCCACUACCUUUUUACUUAUAGCAUACCCUCCGUUUAUAUUUUAUUUUUACCCAUAUCAAAUGUUUUUACCUAUAUCAAAUAGUUUCAAUCAUAUAAACACUUCUCUUGUAUACAUCACACUACUACAUUGCAUUUGUUUAUUAUUUUUAUGCCCUUUGCGUGAAAAAAAAGAUUGGCUAGUUCCCUGAUGU